UAAACUGAUAAAAAAGGCGGGCUUUUAGGCGUGAAUUAUCGUCCAUAGAGAUCACUGAGAAUCAACGCAGGGAGCAGAGGUCCGCAAAUAAAGCUUCGGAAAUUUAAAAAAUCUUAACGGACUUCUGCAGCACACAUAUAUAUAUAUACGUAUAUAAAAACAUGUCUCAGCCAUCAGUAACGGCGUAUUUUAAUACGCGUAAACGACAAGCAACUGACGAUUUGCGAAGCAAAGCAAAGGUGUUACUUCUUGAACGGGAUCAAUCGAGGUUGGUGAGUAAUCAAAAUCGGAAUUCGCUAAAUAAAGAUUGUUCCGAGUCGUCUGGGUCACUGACUCCGAUCAGAGAAGACGAAACCAUGGGCACAAGUCCGAAAGUGGUACUAGUCCCAGGAAAAGAGUUGGUGGGUAGUCGUACUGUGAAAUCCAACUCAGCCGUUCGGAACAUACAAUUCGAUUCCCCCAAGGCAAAUGCACAAAAAACGCCAAAAAGUAAUGCUAAACCUCGAGCUGUACGCUCGAGGAAGUUGUCUGGACAAGAGGGACAAACAGAUAUUCGAGAUAGCUUCCAGAAGAUUGCAGAAGACUUGGACGUUAACAAGGUGCUAUUUGAAAAGAAAGGAACACUGAGCCCAAAGAAGAAGCCUCCAGGUACACCGAAGAAGAAUACUGCUUCUACAGACAUCUCAAAUGUGCAGUCUGCAGUUAAUUGUACCACACCGAAGAAAGAGUCGACUAUGGAUAGACUGGCAAAGCAAGAGUUGUCUCUAACCGAGAUAAAAAAUAGAAUCAACAAGUCAGCCAGGCUGAUGGAACUAAAGGCAUCUAUUGCUAGGUUCAGGAACUGUGAACAAAAGUUGGAGAAACUACAGAAACAGAAUGAAGUCAAGAAACCACAGAUACAGAAAUUUGAGAAGAUUCAGCUUGAAAUACCAGUCAGUCCACAGAAAGCAUACAAAUCACCAAGUAAAAUAAGGUUGAGUCCCAUGAAGAAUAAGGAAUUGUUGGCAGCUAGUCCUCAGAAACGAAUUUUGUUUGAACCUAAAGAAUCAACUCCCAGUCCAGUGAAGAGUAGUCCGACUAAAGCACCAGCUUAUCAGCAGUAUCUGUCACUAGCUGAAAGUGGCACACCUGCUCUACCAUUGCCUUACAAUUACCGAUUUUUAGCAGAAGCAUUUAGAUGUGUAGAUACGGUUUCUGCAAUGCUCUUCAAUCGUAAGGAAAUAAUAACUUUCAAGAAGUUAAAGCCUGCAGUUCAGGAACUAUUACGUAAAAACUUUACGUUGGAACAUCUAGCACAAAUCAAAACGAUUUAUCCAAAUGCAUACAACUAUAAUCAGGAAAAGCAUCGCACAUUUGGUUCUACAUCCAAACAAGAUAAAUACGAGCUAGUUCUUUCACCAGUUGUUGAAGAGAAGAGUGGAAGAAACACACCAGACGCAGAUGAUGUCUUGAAAACAGCUGCUGCAGUUAGUAUGGGACCGAAAGUAUUAUUGGAUAGACGAAGGAAGUUCUACAACAUUUUGCUCGAUAAAGUAAAAGACGAGCACGAGAAAUUCUUACUCAGUUUGGAGACGCCGAUGCGUGUACCAAAGGAAAAGAUACUACGUUGGCAUCCCGAGUUCGAUAUUGAGAGUUGCAAAUUAAUGGAACAAUCUGAAUUGCCACAGCCACCAAACGUAGAAAAGCUAACAUCAGCAAAGGAUGUUCUUGACAAAGCGAAAUCGUUGUUCAAUUGUGGUACUCGUAUGGAGAAAGCAUUACAACGGUUAGCUGAUGCGAAGAUGACUUCGAAGGCAUCGCCAGAGAAAGAUGAAAAGAGUGCUUCAACAGAGACUGAAGAUGGUUUGCGGAAAGUUAAUAUCAGCGUUGUGGAUACACCGCCCGCUACACCCACCACGCAAAGUAGCUACCUUAGUGUGGCGUUUAAAGGCAUACCGAAGUCCCUUCUAGAGAAGGUUCGAGCAAAACAGGCAGCUAAAGCAUUGGAAGCUAUGACACGUACACCGGACGCUAAUAAAAAAGCCGCGAUGUAUUCGAGGCUUCCGGAACUGAGCAAGAUUCUGCGCAACAUUUUUGUAGCCGAGAAAAAGGGAGUACUGGCUAUGGAAUUCGUGGUUGAAAAAUUAGAAAAUUCGUUUAAGGCGAAAUUAAGUCCCAACGAAUUAGAAGAACAUAUACGUCUGCUAUGUAAAUUACUACCUACAUGGACUAGUAUACACAACGUAAGAAAAGUAGAUCACUUGAAGUUGCAAAAAGAAGUUGAUCUUGGUAAGGUGAUUAAGAGAUUAGAAAUUAUGGCCAAUGAUAAAGUAAGAUCCACAUGA